ACGCCCUCCAAGCGUAAUCGCAAACAGCCUCUUACAAAGGAAGAAAAGGAGCGUCGUGUCCAUAUACACCAGAUGCAUGUGCUGUGCCUGCUGGCGCAUGUUGAAAAGAGAAACCACUGGUGCAAUGACCCCUUUGUGCAGGAGAGCCUGCGACCUCUGCUUCGGGCCAAGACGGUUCAAUACCUCAACCCCGCCUCGAGCCUGACGCAGUUUGGCCAGACUGAGUCCCUCAAAAGAGGCCUGAAAGAAGCACAGGAGGUCUUUCAGGAGAGGUUCAGGAUUACCGAGGUUGGCUUGCGCAGGGCGCUGUGGGCCGAAGAUCCGACAGACCUCCAGGACUAUGAGCUCCCACGCAACAUUGACAGCUGCCUGGACAAGGUUGAGUUUCGCAAAGCUGCACGGAAUCUCAGGGGUUCAAGGGACGUCGGUGCGCAGCUUUUCUGCGCACUCCUCAGGGCGGUGGGUGUUGAGACACGACUUGUCUGCUCCUUGCAACCUCUGUCAUUUGUCCCUGGUGGCCCUUCACUCCCCAAGUCUUCUCGUCAGAACAGGAUGCCCUCACGGCCACCUCCUGCCUCUGCUAGAGCCGACCCCGUCUUGGCGUCGCCCUCCCCAGCUCGCCCAUCUCCUCGUGCCCGACUUGGCCACCCAAACGCCACUGCUUAUCGUAUUCCCGACAUCGCUACACCAUCGUCUUCGAGCGAUCAGCGACCUCCAAGACCCAAUGUAAGGAUCAAUGAGUCGUUCUAUCCGAUCUACUGGGCCGAGAUUCUGGACGUGGGCCACCAGAAAUGGCAGCCCGUGGACGCUCUCGUGACAGGGCAACAUUUUCGACCUCACCGACUGGAGCCUCCAGCUGCCGACCGGACCAAUGUCCUUACGUAUGCUGUUGCUUUCGAGGACGACGGUACUGCGAAGGAUGUCACUCGGCGGUACGCCAAAGCCAUGAACUCCAAGACGCGACGAAUGCGGAUCGAUGGCCCUUCGGUCCCGUCCUCUGUUGACGGGGCCAAAUGGUGGCGCAAAGCUCUGCGGCGGUACAAGCCUCGGGGACCGCCCAGCGACCUGGAUCAGAUCGAGAACAUCGAGUUGAGCACUGCAGAGGAGCGUGAGCCUAUGCCGCGCAACGUGGCUGAUUUUAAGGACCAUCCCAUCUAUGCACUGGAGAGACACCUCCGUCGCCAUGAGGUUUUAGUACCUGGCGCUCAAGUCGUCGGAACCGUGGGCGCAGGCAGCAAGGGUCCACUUGAGAAGAUCUACCGCCGCAAAGACGUGCGAGUUGCGAAAUCGGUGGAUAAAUGGUACCGCCUGGGACGGGUGAUCAAGCCAGGAGAGGAUUACAUGAAGAGCUCUGACGACGACGACCCCGUCCUAGGCCUUGACCCUGCCAAGGGCAAUCCUAUCUAUACUUUUGAACAAACAGAGUUGUACACGGCCCCACCUGUGGUGGCAGGUAGGAUCCCCAAGAACAAGUUUGGCAAUAUCGACGUGUACGUCCCUUCCAUGGUACCCCCGGGAGGUAUCCAUGUGAAGCAUGCUCGCGCGGGGCAUGCAGCCCAUCUUUUGGGCGUGGACUACGCGCCUGCCCUGCAGGGCUUCGAGUUCAAAGGCCGCAAGGGCACUGCCGUGUACAACGGGGUGGUCAUUCCCGUCGAAGCGGCCGAGGGUGUGCGGGCUGUACUGAAGGGCUUCGACGACCUCGAGAGCCAACUGCAGGAGGAGAGGAGGAGCCUCCGGGCGCUGGAGACGUGGCGAAAAUGGCUGCGUACGCUGAGGAUCCGGAGAAGGAUCUUCGAG